AGAGAAAUAACGGGGGAAGACGCAAGAGACAGCGCAUAUUAUUAUUGUGGGUUACUUGCAGUUAGAGGAUCGAAUAGCGCGAAACCCUCCAUCCAUAUCUCCCACAAAGGCGGCAGCAGCGGCAGCAACUCACUCACAUUUCAGCAGGCAGCAGCAAUGGAGAAUAAGCCCAGAAUGUUCGACAACUUUAUGACGCUUUUUCAGCGCCGGAUUUCCAGUCCUCGUUCUCCUUCCUCCUCCGAUGCUCCCAAUCCUAUUCCCUUUCUCUCUCCUAUUGCUAAUUCUGUUGUCGCUCGAUGUUCCAAGAUUUUGAAUAUGUCUACGGAAGAUUUGUGCAGUUGUUUCGACGUAGAGACCGGUGAAAGUGGCAACAAACCAAUCACGUAUGCUAGACAUUUGUUAGAAUUUUGCUGCUACAGGGCAUUUAAUGUUUUGACCGCUCGUGCUGAUUAUUUGAGCGAUAAGGAAUUCCGUCGUUUGACAUAUGACAUGAUGCUUGCGUGGGAGGCUCCCGGUGUUGAUGGUGAAACUUUAUACAAAGAAAGCGCUUCUCCCAGUAGGAUGCAGAGCGAAGAUGAUGAUGGAUGGUCUUUAUUUUAUUCAAGCUCUACUGCGACGGCUGUUCAGGUUGAUAAUGAGAACACUGUUGGCCCUGAAGCCUUCGCACGAAUAGCUCCUGCUUGUGCAGUUAUCGCUGAUGUAGCAACUGUACAAAAUCUUUUUGAUGCACUGACAAUCACUUCUGGAAAUAGACUUCAUUUUCUCAUUUAUGAUAAGUACCUUCAGAGCCUUGAUAGGGUGAUCAGGAGCGCAAAAAAUGUGUCAUCGGUUUCAUCAAAUCUUGAAAUUGUUGAUGGGGAGAUCAUUGUAGAUGUUGACGGUACUGUCCCUACCCAGCCAAUUCUCCAGCAUAUUGGAAUCUCCGCAUGGCCUGGUAGGUUGACCCUAAGCAGUAAAGCUUUGUAUUUUGAGUCAUUGGGAGUGGGGCAGUAUGAUAAAGCUGCACGAUAUGAUCUUUCUACGGAUUUGAAGCAGGUCAUUAAGCCUGAAUUGACUGGGCCACUUGGUGCUCGGCUGUUUGACAAAGCUGUGAUGUAUCGAUCAGUAACACUAGCAGAGCCCAUAUUCCUGGAGUUCCCUGAAUUCAAAGGAAGUUCACGGCGGGACUACUGGUUGGAUGUCACUCUGGAGAUAUUGCUUGCUCACAGAUUUGUCAGGAAAUAUCAUCUAAAGGGAAUCCAGGAAUCCGAAGCAGUUUCUAGGGCUAUUCUCGGCAUAUUUCGGUGUCGUGCAGUAAGAGAGGGUUUCUAUUUUUUCUCAUCACAAUAUAAAACAUUGCUUCUAUUUAACCUUGCCGAGAAUCUUCCUGGUGGAGAUACAAUUUUAGAAACUCUAUCAAGUUGUUUAGCGCUUUUGAGAACGAGUAGUAAUCAAGCAGAUUCAUAUUCAUCUGGGAGUGUUAGUACAGAGAAACAGCAUAUGGUAUACCCAGUUUCGCUUCUAGCACUAAGAAGAUUUGGAUUAAUUCUUCAGGAAGAUGUAGAAUUUGAUGAGGAAGCCACAUAUGGUAGCGGAUAUAUACAUGUGGGUGAAGUAGAUCUUUUGGAAGCAGCAGUAAAACAAUCAAAAGUGGAUACAGGGAAGGCUGUAGCAGCACAGGAGACUGUCAACCAAGUUAAAGUAGACGGGAUUGAUGCAAAUAUAGCAAUCAUGAAGGAGUUGCUUUUUCCACUGAUUGUACUAGCUAGGCGUGUUCAAUUUUUGGCUUCGUGGGAGGAACCUUUCAAAUCAUCAGUAUUCCUGGUGCUAAUGUGCUACUUGUUUGUGAGUGGAUGGUUUAAGUUUGUGUUGCCAUUCAUUCUUGUUUUCCUUGCGGUGCUUAUGCUUUGGCACCGUUUGGCCAACAAAGGGAAGCUGGUAGAUGCCUUCAGAAUCAUAGCGCCCCCCAAUAAGAAUGCUGUGGAGCAGCUGAUUACAUUGCAGGAAGCAAUUUCUCAGGUAGAAACGCUGGUCCAGGCUGUGAAUAUUGUUCUCCUGAAGAUGAGAGCCCUUCUAUUGGCUGUACUUCCAGAGGCCACAUACAGGGUUUCCAUCUUUUUACUUCUUACAGCGGCAUUGUUCAUACUAGUGCCUUUCAGAAUUAUAAUCCUGUUUGUUCUAAUGGAGCCCUACACUAGGGAAAUGCCUUUGAGAAGGGAAAGCAGCUACAGGUGGUUGAGGAGACUAAGAGAGUGGUGGUUUGGGAUACCUGCUGCUCCAGUUCAGCUCAUCAAGCAUGAGGACAGUAAAAAAAAUAAAUAACCCCUCGGUUGUGACACGAAUUUGCAAAAGUGGAUGGCAAGACUGUUUUCGCUGCUGUAAGAAGCCUGUCUAUUUAACUUAUAUGACAGCAAAAGCACCUGCUGCAUCACUUUUUUAAGCUAUGUUAGGAGGAUGAAUUUUUUUUUUUUUCUUUUUUUUUUUUUUUUAAUUUAAGCUGUUUGUUGUACACUUUGUACCUAAUACAUCAAUAUAAAGUUAUAAACUGUGAACUAGUGUGUGCUUCAGGUUUGGCUACAUUGAAUAUCAUACUGUAUUAUUUGAGUUCCUAAAAAUGAACUGCUUUAUAAAUUUUGUAAAGCAUGCAUUUUUAAUUUUAGGCUUUUGCUGGAAAAAUUGGGUAUGUUA